AUGGACACGACGGACGACGCGCUGAUCUCGACGAUGCGCGAGGACCGGGCGCAGCAGCGGCGCCUCGCCGGCGCGCGGCGCCUGACCAUGCUCGUGGGCACGGCCUUCGGCAUGGCCAUGCUCAUCGCCGCGGGCCUGCGGAGCCGCGAGGUCGGCGACGCGACGAACUUCCUGAGCUUCCCCGCCUACGGGUCCAAGUCCAAGGCGGCGGACGUCGACGACGCGAGCCCCGCGUCGGACGACGCGGUCGCCGUCGCCGCGAGCUCGUCGUCGGUGACGGAGGUCGUGCUCACGUACGAGGACUUCAUCGAGAACAGCGACGUCAAGAAGUACCUCGAGGACGACAAGGGCCUGGACCUGAGCACGGCGUCCGUGGACACGCUCCUCAAGUACGUGCCGCACCGGCUCGUCGUCGAGAUCGACCUCGACCUCAUCAAGGGCGACGUCGGCGAGGAGGCGACGGAGGGCUUCAUCGCCUUCAACCUCAUCCAGAUGAACGACAGCGGCGACAAGUACACGGGCUCCCUCUUCACGAUCCUCAAGUACUCGACGGGCGAGAUCGCGCACGUCUACCCGACGUACGCGGCCGAGGACGACAUGCACUUCUGCGGCCUCAAGCUCAAGGACUCGUCGACCUUCGUCCUCGCGGGCAACACGGGCACGUCCGAGCGCGGGCCCAAGUACACGCUCGACUGGAAGAGCGGCGACUUCACGCUCCUCGCGGACGGCACGGAGGAGAACUGCCACGACAUCCAGUGGUCCUACGAGGGCCGGAAUCUGUGGCAGCCGGGGUCGGACCUCAACGUCGUCGAGACCAAGGUGUCCAACGGCGACACGGUGUCGUCCGUGGCCAUGGCGGGCUACGCGUCCGACAUCAACCACGUGGGCCUGCUGUCGCAGGACUCCGUGACCGUCGCGUCGUCGCGGAUGACGAACGCGAUCAUCAAGGCCCACGUCGAGACGUCGGAGAUCGUCUGGGUCGCCGGCGGCGUCAACGGCACCAUGGCCAUCGAGACGCUGAGCGGCGAGACGCUCGCGGCGGGCGAGUCGCUCUACUACGGCCAGCACAACGCGGAGUACUUUGGCGAGGACGAGUACAUGAUGUUCGACAACAACUACGACCAGGACGCCGCGUCGCGCCUGCUCAUCAUCUCCAUCGACGAGGACGCGGAGACGAUCACGGAGGAGUGGCAGUACGUCUUCGAGGAGUACCCCUGGGGCUACAGCCCCUUCUUCGGCGACAACGACCGCAUGAUCGGCGGCAACCUGCUCGGCACCUUCUGGCCCCUGACCCUGUCGGGCUCGGACUACGAGGACGUGCGCUACGAGGCCAAGGUCGUCGAGGUCGUCCGCGAGACCAAGGACGUCGCGUGGUCGCUCGAGGUCUACGGCCAGCAGGAGUGCGAGGACAAGGAGUGCGAGCGCAGCAACAACGUCGGCUGGAAGAUGUACUCCGCCGAGCGCUUCUUCGUCGCGCCCGUCGUCUACAACGUGACCUGCGGCUCGGGGUCGCUCUCGUUUACGACCCAGAACAACUUCAAGCAGCUCAACCCCUACGACGGCACCUACGUCCUCGCCGACAAGUCCUCCGGCGACACCGUCGCGUCGGGCGACCUCACCUGGCUGCCCCACUGGCGCGCGACGGACCUCGUCGGCAUCACCUUCGACUCCGACGGCGAGACGUCCAAGACGCUCACCGUGACGAACCAGUUCGGCGACGAGACCGUCAAGGACAUCACCUGCUGA